UAUAAAGUUUAUUGAUUAUUCACAAAUAAUUGGAAGUAUUGCAAUAAAAUGGUGCAAGUUUUAAAUAGUGAUGAAGAAAUAAAUCAAGUGUGAAAUAAAAUGAAUAAAAAAAAAUAAUGGAAAAUUAACAGACGAUUACGUAUUUGAUCGGUUCAAGCUAGAAGGUGGUGUCCAAUUAUCUGGAUAUUUCCAACGAUCGAAAUUGGAUGUGUCUUAAAGGGAAAAAUAAGAGUGUUGAGAUUCUCUCGAUUUGAUUGAAAAAAAUUAUUUACUGGAUUAUAAGAUCAUCAUUUUUUUCCAUCAUUAAAAACUGAUGAAUAGAGAAAAUGGCUGAGAAUCAACUUUCAAUAAACGUGUCGCUACGGUAUAAUCACUUCGCUUAACAUGAAGUACUAUCUGGUAUUUUUUUUCUCUUAAGCAACAUUAAAAGAUUGAUGAGCUCGUGAACAUGGUCGAAGAGUAAUUAGUGUGCUCUCGUCUUUCACGUCAAAAUAUCCGGAACGUGUUCAAGUGGAAACGGAAGUAAUUAGGCGAUGAAAUUAACUUUUGGGUGGCGCGCCGUAGUGGCGCGAGUAGAGAAUUGUAGAUACUGUAAUGUAGAAUCAUCAUCACGCCAAUAUUAAUGCAAAGCCAUAGUAUAGCCUCGGAAAGAGUAAACUUACUAGGUCAAUCUACUUAGAAAUAAUCGCCAAAUCAGGUUUAAUCAAUUCCUCUCAAGGUUUAUUGCCAGUGACGAGGAUUCAAAAAUAUAUUUCGAAUCAAAAUGAAACUUUUUCUUAUUCUUGUCUGCCUCAUUGCUCCGCCCACAGUGUUUACGCUUUCCGUAAAGACCAAGUUAAAUCCACGAAUUGUUCAGCUACGGAACGGUCAACUUCAAGGACUAAUUCAAUCAUUUGAGAACAGCCCACUCAGACCUGUGGACGUUUACCUUGGGAUACCAUAUGCCACACCACCCACUGGAGGCAACAGAUUUUCACCAACUAAAGCACCCAGUCCCUGGGAUGGAAUUAGGCUUGCCCACUCCAUCAGUCCAGUCUGUCCUCAAAGACUUCCUGAUAUUACCAACGAAGCAGCUGCGUUGGAGCGAAUGCCUAGAGGACGAUUGAAAUUUUUUAAAAGGCUCUUACCGCAUCUUAAGGAUCAAAGCGAAGACUGUUUAUUUUUAAAUAUUUAUGCUCCAGCAAUGGGAGCAUCGGACGGUGGCAAGAGACAUCCGGUGCUUCUGUAUAUCCACGGUGAGAGCUACGAUUGGGGAAGCGGAAAUCCAUACGACGGUAGCGUCCUUGCAAGCUAUACUGACCAAGUAGUCGUAACGAUCAACUACCGGCUUGGUGUUCUGGGUUUUCUCAAUGCCAACAUUUCACCACACACUAAAGCACGAGUAGCAAAUUACGGUCUUAUGGAUCAGCUAGCUGCGCUCCACUGGGUCCAAGAGAACAUUGCCCUCUUUGGCGGUGAUCCUGGCAACGUAACGCUUAUGGGUCACGGUACUGGAGCUGCGUGUGUCAAUUUUCUCGCCAUCAGCCCCACUGUAAUUCCUGGUCUUUUUAAGAGGGCUAUUCUACUUUCCGGCAGUGCUUUAUCAUCCUGGGCAGUUGUUGAAGAUCCAGUUACGUACGCUGUAAAACUUGCAAAAGCAGUCAAUUGCACAGUACCAGCGGAUCUUCUAAAGGAGCAUGAGUUAAUCGUAGAUUGCCUUCGAGAUACCAGCUUGGAAAAGUUAAUGUCAGCGGACGUUCAACCUCCGACUUUUCUAAGCGCCUUUGGACCCAGUGUCGACGGUGUCGUGAUAAAGCCAGACUUUUACAAAGAUUUACUUUCCUAUCUGGGUCCAGAAUUUCAAGGAUCUGGACAACUCCCAAAGAGAAACGAUCCUGGAACUCCAAUUACAAGUAACAACAAGUAUGAUCUAUUGUUUGGCGUAACAACAAGUGAAGCACUAUGGAGAUUCAGCGAGAGAGAUGUUCAAACUGGAUUCGAAGGAGACAGGAGAGAUAGAAUAAUCAGAACUUAUGUCAGGAAUACCUACACAUUUCAUCUAACUGAAAUAUUUUAUACAAUCGUGAAUGAGUAUACCGAGUGGGAGAGAACAAUGCAACAUCCAUCAAACACAAGAGACGGAUGCGUUCGUGCGUUAAGUGACGCUCAGUUUGUAGCACCACUUGUACAAACUGGAGAUCUUUUUACUCUGCGACAUACAAGACAACCAAACAAUCCUCAUAUCACACCAGUUCCUGAUAGUGAAAAAGAACCAAUGCCCAAGACUUAUUUUUAUGUAUUUGACUUUCAAACCAAGGACGGUGAUUACCCUGAGAAAAUGGGAACCGUUCAUGGAGAAGAGUUGCCUUAUAUUUUUGGAGCACCACUCGUAGAGGGCUUUGGAUAUUUUCGAAAAUCUAACUAUACUAAAUCUGAAAUCGUUAUGUCUGAAAGUAUUAUCCAAGCAUUUGCAAGCUUUAUUAAAUCGGGAAAUCCGAAUGUUUAUGAACACCAUCGAAAUGAUGGCCCAAUGAUGAUCAGUAAAGAGCGUAAUCGAUUCAGAUCUGUCAACUGGGAACAGUAUGAUCCAAUUCAUCAAAAAUACUUGGAAAUAACAAAAAAACCUUCUAUGAAGAAUCACUACCGAGCUCAUCAGUUAUCUGUUUGGCUAAGACUAGUUCCGGAAUUACAUAGAGCUGGAAUGGAAGACGUAGAGCCAAGACACAAUCUCUUCCGCAGCCACGGAGAUCCCAAUCUGUAUGAUGGCUCAGUACGUCCUGAUCCUCUCAGUAGAAUUAGUGAAGAAUACAGACGACGAAAUUUCACAACGGAAUUACCGACAACAACAGAUUACAGUAUCACGACUUGUGUCAGUUUUAUCCAAAGCACAAAUCUUCAAAAUGUUCAUAAUUCCAGCCUAGAUCCUUAUGCAGCCAUAGAUGCUUCCGGAUACACGGCAUAUUCAACAGCUUUAAGCGUAACAAUAGCUAUUGGCUGUAGUUUAUUAAUUUUAAACGUCCUGAUAUUUGCUGGAGUCUAUUAUCAACGUGACAAGAAUCGUCUAGAAGUGAAGAGUCUGAAACAACAACAAAUGAUGAAUCAGCAAUGUGGCCCUCGGGGUUUCACGGAACUUAAACAACCACCACUGCCUCAUUCACACUAUGGUGAAGGUGGUCAGGUUGUGGUUGAUGUAGAGAAUGAAAUGAUAAGAAGAAAUGUUAUAAAAGGAUCGAGUGAGUCUGGGUUACUUCAACAAGCCCAAAGUACUCAUACACUGCCACAUCAGCACCAUUAUCAAAAACAGCAGCAUCCAGGACAUGCUACUCUUCCCAGAUCAUCCGUCAUCCAUGAAAUGGGAAUACCUCGUGGGGUAGAAAGUCUUAACUGUCCACCAAAUGGGUCAAUUCAUAUAACAGUGCCACGAGCUCCACCACCUCCAAGAGCAAAAAGUCCACCUGAGAAUCAACCUUUGCUACAAGGCGGCCAAGUCUCAAACCGUACGACCCAAGGGAGUAUGACCGAGAUGAGGGUGUGAUGUAUGGACUCCCCUCCGAGGCCAGUCGUCCCGGAUGUGCUAACGGCGUCGACCUUGCUAUAGGAAAGCUCGUCAAACUUCGAGUAAAUGUCGCCGAGGGACUUGGAGAUGUGCUCUAACAGAGGACACCAUAAUGAAAAAAAAUUACAUAUUAUCUCAUAAGUUCCCACGCGAUGCUCAAUCCGGUACGAAUUAAAGACAGCGGAGGGGGGUGUAAACCGUAAUAAACACACUCUGAUAAAAUAUAACUUAAAAAUAACAUAGUGUUUUUAAUUAACGUUGGAAAAUGUUUUUAUUUUCAAUCCAACUACAUUUACAAAAUGCAUUUCUCUGGUAAUUCAAAUCGAGGAUACUUAUAUGUAUGACGAUUAGACUGAUUUUUCCAAUAUAAGAUAUACGAUGAACGUAUAUAAAAUUUAUGAUAUACAUAUUGUAUAAUAUAUAUAAGGAAAUAAAUAAUAUAAUACUGGUAGUGGAGCAAAUCAGGUAAUUCAAGAAUAAAUGUAAUGUGUAAAUCAAAGAAUAAAACAAAUAGCAUGAGUGCACAGUCAUUUUCCUGUGCAAUCAGAAAUUUCAAUCAAAUUUAGUGCAUUGCGCACACAAAAUAUAGGUAAAUAAAUUUUAAAAACAUAAUUUAUCCAGAUGUUAUACGAUAUAAAAUGGCUCAAGGCAAAAUAAUGAUCAAGAUCUUUGUAUAAAAAAUAUGCCAAUAUUCAAUACGAUGUUAGAUGUUCUUUUACUAAGGAGAAAAUUAACUUUAGUGGUCGAAAAAAUAUUUGAAUAAGCCAAAAAAAGUAGAAUUUUUGAAAAAUAGAGAAAAUUCUUUGUAUAAAAUUUUUUUGAUUCAUAAGAAUAAUUUUCUCCUUCUUACUGUAAAUAGAUAAAUGGAUAAUAACAAAGAAAACUUUAUACGUAAAAUCGCCAAAGAUUUGCUGUAUUACAUUAAACUAAAUCAUAAAAAAAUCAUCAUGCUACUGUAUCACUACAAUUGUUUUUACACUCGACUCUGAAGAAGAGAAAUCCUCUGUUGUACGAGGAGUGUUCAUAAGCAUCGAGACAAUAGCAAGUCUUAUUCAAGUAUUUUAAAAUUCAAAGAAGUUAAAAUCAAAGAGAAAUAUGUAAAUAGCAAUUUUAAAAGAAACGUAAAAACUCAAAUCUUUCACUUCAACGAUCUCUAACAGCUUGAUAAGAGGAAAGAGAGUAAGAAUUUUGAGGUCUGUCACACAACAAUGGACAUCAUUUGUGCGACAUUAAGUCCAAGUCGUGGUACGUUUGUCCUCGAUAUAAGUUCCAGAUGGUAUUCUCUCUUACCUUAGUUUAGUCGAAACCAUUUUAUUCUCUUGCAGCUAAUGACUAUUUAAGCUCAAGUAGAUUCUCUCGCUCUAAUUUCCUGGCACUUGUAAGUAGUCGACCAAAUAAGCAAGUUCGCCACGGUGGCUUGUUUCGCUGUAUUUCCUAACUUCAUCUUCCUUUCUUUUGACGAUGAAUUUAAUUACAUAAUUAUUUCACCAUGCGCUUUAAUUUACGUCCUGGGUCCUGGAUCCAACAGAAAAAAAGAUCAUUAAAAGAUUUUGCUAUUAUCUCGAUUGCCUUUCUUAUCGUUAGAUUAAAGUUAAAGUAAAUUAUAAAUGAGAGAGAAUGAAAGAACUGGUAAAAAUGAUAUUAAAUCGAAGUCGAAAGGCGGAUUAAAAUGAAACUACGUUAGAUUUUUAUUGAUAUUCAAAAUAAAAAUCAGAUGAGUAAUAACACUUUUUUAAUAAUAUAAUAAUUCAAAUAAAUUAAAUUGUAUAAAAAAUUAUUGAUUUAUAUAUGUAAAUGCGCCAACUGUACGAGAAUAAAAGCGCGAUACCGUUAAAUACUUAUUACUAUGAAUGCCGCCUGAUAUGUCACAUAGUUCCACUGCCAUAUAUAUAAAGUUUUAUUAUGAUUGAAAAACUAUAUAAUAAAUAGAAACAAUUUAUCAAAAAUACAAUAAAGAAAAUUCCAAUUGAAUAAAUGAUUCUAUUCAAUUAUAUGUCAUUGAAGUAUUAACAUUUUGUACUUUAAUACACUUAUUAA